AUGGCGGCUACACCCGCAGCACCGCCAGCUGCGUGUACACCCGGGUGUAUAUACACCGCAGCAACCCUCAAGGGUUUAUACGACCCCCUGGCCCCCCUAAUAGAGGAGAGCUCUGCUGCUUAUCCUCUUACAUAUCGAGACCUUUGUGGCCGCAGCAGCAGCAGCAGAAGCAGCAGCAGCAGAAACAGCAGCAACAGCAGCAGCAGCAGCAGCAACAGAUACCUACACACCACCAAGUCCUCCGUACACAGCUCAGUAGAAAGCGUCUGGGGUUCUAUAUCCGACAGCAGCAGCUUUCAUCAUCAUCAGCAGCAGCAGCAGCAGCAGCAGCAGCAGCAGCAGCAGCAGAAGCAGAAGCAGCAGCAAGCAGCUCUUCUUUGGAGGCGUCAGCUGCAGCAGCAAGAACCAAAAACCACCGAAAUAAAUAAAAAGAUAACAGAAGAAAUAAAACAACAAACAAAGAUUGGGGUGUAUAGGCAGCUCCAGUCUGUGCUGCCUCGUGAGCCCCCAAUAGGUAGUACUAGCUGCUGCAGCAGAGAACAAGCAGCAGCAGCAGCAGAAGCAGAAGCAGCAGCAGCAGCAGCAGCAGCAGCAGCAGCAGCAAGACACAGACCUCAGAGUACAUCUCUGCAGCCUACACUGGUGCUGCAUCCGCUCUCUCGGGAGCUGCAGCUGCGUAGCGAGCCUGCAGCAGCAGCAGCAGCAGCAGCAACCCCAGCAGCAGCAGCAGCAGCAGCAGCAGCGCCAGCAGCAGCAGCAGCAACGCAGCAACUCUGUCUACUCUGGGAGGCCUUUCACCGCAGCUGUACAGACACCUCAGGAUGGCUAAGGACAGCAGACCUGCAGCACGCGCUGCAGCACGACGAGCGUUUGUUCGAGACGUUUGUUUCUGUUUUUGCGAAAUUUGUUGGCGAGGGGGACCCCGAGGACUGGGCCCCAGACCACUGGCCUUCAGUGGAGAUAGCAGUAGAGAAAGAACCACCGUAUGGCCUCAGUGUAGCAGAGAUGCUCGUUAGGGAUUCGCUUUUGGGGUUUUCUUUUACACAGACAGAGUGCUACCAACCAAACAAAUUUCAGUUUGGGUCUCUACAUCUCCUGGAGUCUCCUCAGGUGUCUCUGCAGCAGCAACCUGCUGCUGCUGCUGCUGCUGCUGCUGCUGCUGCUGCUGCUGCUGCUGCUGAGAGGAGACUCAGAGCAGCACAGUCAAGGACAACAGAUCAUCCCUUUGCUGCUAGACUGCAGCAGGAAGCAGAGAAGGCGGAGUUGCUGCUGCUGCAGCAAACAGCAAAGAAGGAGAGUUUAGAUAGAGCACUGCAGCAGGAGGAGCAGCAGCUGCAGCAGCGGCUGCAGCAGAUUCAUCAGGGGCCCUCCCCCUGGCAGCUGAGGCCCCUACCCAAGUUUAAACAAAGCAGCAAACAAACAGCAGCAGCAGCAGCAGCAGCAGCAGCAGCAGCAGCAGCAGCAGCACCUGCUGCUGCUGCUGUGAGAAACUCGAAGCAGGACGGCCGCGGUGCAGCGAGGCGCCCAACAGGUGCAGCAGCAACAGCAGCAGCAGCAGCAGCAGCAGCAGCAGCAACAGCAGCAGAAGAGAGCAGCAAACGCGGAACGAAGAUAUCCCCUUGUCCCUCGCAGCUCUCCGGGCCUCCAGCAGCCUCAGGCAGCAACGCAGCUGAUGCAGCUGCUGGGCUUCACGCAGCAGCAGCAGCAGCAGCAGCAGCAGCAGCAGCAGUAGCAGCUGUAGCAGCGGCAGCAGCAGCAGCACCAGCAGCAGCAGUAGCAGCUGUAGCAGCGGCAGCAGCAGUAGUAGCAGCAGCAACAGUAGCGGCAGCAGCAGUAGCAGCAGAAGCAGUGGCGGCUGCAGCAGCAGUAGCAGCAGUAGCAGCAGCAGCAGUAGCAGCAGCAGCAGCAGUAGCAGCAGCAGCAGUAGCAGCAGCAGCAGUGGCGGCAGCAGCAGCAGCAGUAGCAGCAGAAGCAGCGGCAGCAGCAGCAGUAGUAGUAGCAGCAGCAGCAGCUGCGGCCGCAGCAACAGCAGCAGCAGCAGCAGUAGCAGCAGCAGCAGCAGCAGUAACAGCAGCAGCAGCAGCAGCAGCAGCAGAGCUGCUACACCCUGAACCCUGUACAAAUUUGUUUUUAUCGCUAAGGGCUAGGCUUGUCUGA